AUGAAAGUAGUUCUGGAUAUCAUAAAAACAAUCUGUUGCUGUGGCGGUGAGGACAAUGAUGGAUUGCCAUAUGAACGUUUCUAUGAUGAUUCCAGUGUUACUCCACUUAGGCGAGAUGACGAUCGCCUUAAUGGCCAUGGAAUUGAUGAAAUAGGCGCUAGAGGUUGGGAUCCUUCACGUAGAGCCGUGAAAAGUAAAGAGGAACAAGAGGAAGAAGCUCUGAAUCGAAUUGUAGAAGAUUUCCGACAUAAAAUUAUCGAUAUCUCCCAUCUUAACGGAAUGACGUUAAAUACUUCUGAAUACCUUUCUCGUGCCCAAUUCUACGAAGAAGCUAUUCGUACGCACGAUCAUAAUGUAAGCCGUGGGGCAAACGCAGCACCGCGGAGCCCAAGUCGGCAUGCGAAACAUCUAUUGGAAGACUGUGGUAAUCAGGCUGUUGACUGGCUCACGAGGCCUGGACCCACUCGUGAAUUUUUAGACGAGAUAAGGGGCUGGACAUCAGAGAUGCAUGAGGCUGUAACGAAUGGUAUACAAGUUCAACACAAAACAGAUUUGGUAGUGUACAUGGACCCCUGA